AUGGGCGACGGCGGAACGUUCUGCACCUUGGGCAUCGGCUACGCUGCCCCGUCGGGCAUGUUCAAGGUGGUCCGCCUCAUGACCACGUUGAGUCAUGGUCAUCAGCCGAAGCACACCUGCGAGCUUCUCGCGUUGGAAGACGGCGCCAGAGGAUGGAGGCGGAUGCAGUCACCACCAAUUGCAGACUAUUUCGGCCUCCACAAAAACUCUAUGGUCACUAUAGAUGGUGUGCUCUACUUCCUUUACAGCUUGUCGCCACCGCGGGUGGGCGGGGACUAUGUCCUCCGCCUUGACCUCGAGACCGAGCAAUGGAAGAGGUCCAUCAAAGCCCCAAAGAUGAGAUCGACGAUGCCCCGUAUGGUCGAGCUCAAUGGAACCCUUUGCAUGGUUCACUUGGAGGGACGCCGGACCAAAAAUGCUUGCACGAUCAUAUGGCUCCUGUCUGAUUUGGCCAAGGGCACCUGGGCCAAGGCGUAUGUGAUCCCGAUGCCUCAUGCCGUCGAUCUAGUGAUCCCUCUGAGGAUGAUGCGUCAUGAUGGAAAGCUAAUGUGCUAUUGCUUACAUAAUGACAGACCAAGUCCGACGCUACAAGUUUAUGAUCCGCUCAAUGGGAUAUGCACACAGCUCCCAGAUCUUCCAGGUAACAAUUUGAGCGACGUUGGUUUUUGCGACUUGCACUUGGAAUGUUAUAUACGGUCCACCUAA